AUGCAUCAUGAUGUACAAGCGAAACUGGGUUGCCCUGCCAGAGGUCUGUUGAACUAUGAGCUGGACGAUGAUGGCUUGAAGGCUUUACCCAAGGGGCUGGGGUUGGCCUGCUUGACUCCAUUGCAAGGACUGGCUCGUGCGACGACCAAAACCACCAAAACCACCUUUGAGAUCUCAGAACUCGGAACACUUCUCGAUUUAUCCUUGAAAGAUGCUCGUCUGAGACUCGUCGAGAAAAACCAAAGAAACUCAUCAUGGCUUUCGGCGAGACCAAAGACGCAUCAUGAGAGCCGGGAGUGCGACGGCUCUGUGCCAGGAGAGCCGUAUUUGAAGGGUUUGGGAGUGAAGUACAUUAAGUGCAGUCGCAGCCGAAACAAAGUUGAAGACAUGAAGUCCUUCCUGGAGCAAGAGGCUGCAGAGGGAGUGGACAUGGUUCUGGACAACCUCAGCCAGCGUCGUCCACUUGCGGCUCAAGUUGUCCAAGUCCUUCAUUUGUGCUCCGAACCCAUUUACCAUGGGGGCAUCAUACUGCGUGUGCUGCUUUGGCCGGGAGAAGGCGCGGCUGCAAUGCUGUGCUUGUGGUAUUUUAGUCCGGAGUGCCGCAAUUUUGCAGGAGCCAUCACCGCUUCGCACAUGGGCUCGGACCUCAUGCUGAGCUUUGCACUUAGGGAGCAUGUUGACAAAUGCGUCCAGAUUCUUGAGGAACUGGGCGAUGGCGAGCCCCAGCCUUGGCAUUCCGCAGUCAAAAGUGGACUGAAGAGCCAGACUGAGUGCCUGCCCGAUUUCCACGAGAUGAGUUCCAUGAUUUUUGAUCGGCUGGACUUCUUUUCACCGGUGCAUCUGCCAACCGACACCGAAGUGGCUCCGAUCUUCCAGGCAAAAGCGGCCAAAGAAGCGGAGGAGGCGAAGGCGGGGCUGCCAACCGACACUAAACUGGCUCCGAUCUUCCAGGCGAAAGCGGCCAAAGAAGCGGAGGAGGCAAAUUCGGGGGUUGCAAAGGCUGCAGAGCCCAAGGUACCGAGAUGCGUUUAUUACCGUUUAUUCUUCUUGUUCCGCGGUGAGCAGGACAAGGCGCAUCCCUAUUUCCUCGACAAGAUCAUCCAGUUCUACGCAUGCCACCUCGUAAGGCACAGCGUGAUGCUGGUCGGCAUGCCCUUCAGUGGCAAGACCACAGCCCUGAACACGUUGCAAAGAAGCCUUGACCAACCUAGCGCAGGAACUUGGCAAAGUGAGGCAAUUUGCACUCAGCAUGCCCUGACUCUCUAUGAUGCACUUAGCAAAGUGAGGCAGUCGCCACCGAUGUUCAUCGACGCAGACGGUGACCAAGCAUGCGAGUUCUUUGAGGAGAACGAGGCCGGCAACCUUGCCGCCGUGACCCCUCAAGGACAGGCAUCGGGACUCCUGCUGUUGCUGCAAUUCCAGGUUGCACCCGGGUCGCAGAGUUCCAAAAAGUUGCUGGAAGCCGAGCCGGCCUCAGUUGAUUUUGCCUUCCCUCACACCAAGGAGCUGAAUGAACGUCUGAGAGAAAGCCUGGCAAAGAACCGGCGCUGCAAAGGCUCACAACAUCACGUGACCAUCAUCAUCCCUGCCACCAUCUUCCGUCCGGAGGCGAAGAACAUCUUUGAAGGAUCUCAGCAGGGAUCUCCACGGAUCGAUUCGGCCUUGUUAGAGCUGGGAGCUCGUCAACUGAAUACCACGGAAG